GUAACACGCAAAUAAUGUCAAACAAAUCAAAUUUUAUCAAAUAUAAUGCAAUAAACUUUUGACAAGUGCAGCAAAAGAUUUUAUUGUAUUGGUAUAACCUAUUUUAAUGAUUCGGUGCUAUUUAUUGUGCAAUUAUCUUUUUAUUAGCUGAAGGAAACAGUACGCUUUCAAAAUGAGUUUUUUAUUUGGGAGUAGAUCAAACAAGACAUUCAAACCAAAAAAGAAUAUUCCUGAAGGCACACACCAGUACGACCUGAUGCGCCAUGCGGCAGCCACGUUAGGUUCCGGCAACCUGCGGCUCGCCGUCAUGCUGCCGGAGGGCGAGGACCUCAAUGAAUGGGUUGCUGUCAACACUGUAGACUUCUUCAACCAGAUCAACAUGUUGUAUGGAACCAUCACGGAGUUCUGCACAGAGGAGUCAUGCGCCGUCAUGUCGGCGGGCCCCAAGUACGAGUACCACUGGGCGGACGGACACACUGUCAAGAAGCCCAUUAAAUGUUCAGCGCCCAAGUACAUCGACUACCUCAUGACAUGGGCGCAAGAUCAGCUCGACGAUGAGACGCUGUUCCCGUCUAAAAUAGGUGUGCCAUUCCCGAAAAACUUCUUGGCGAUGGCAAAGACGAUCCUCAAGCGGCUGUUCCGUGUGUACGCACAUAUCUACCACCAGCACUUCCCCGAGGUGGUGCAGCUGGGCGAGGAGGCGCAUCUCAACACCUCAUUCAAACACUUCAUAUUCUUUGUACAGGAGUUCAAUCUCAUCGAGCGACGGGAGCUGGCGCCGCUGCAGGAGCUCAUCGAGAAGCUGACGGCGAAGGAGGCGCGAUGAGGUGGUCGCGGGCGGAGAGGCCGCGCGUGUCCGGGCUACCUCCACGCGCCAUUCCUGGAGGUGGCCCUCACACGGUCCAACAUGCAACUGUUUUAUUUGCUUUGUUGUGUUAGUUAUAGCUCUUGUAAAUGUUUGUCGACUACCUUAUUCUAUUACUGUCAGAGGUUACUUCAACAAUACUAAUGCUCGAACUUACUAAUGUAGUGUUUAAGAUGCUAGUGUAAUGAUUGAAAUGUUUGUGAUAUGAGUGUAGUGGCUGGUUCAUAACGAGCGCAGUCACAGUCCUGCUCUCCAUUCGUGAAGCGCAUGUCUCGCUGACAGGGACCGGGCUAUAAAGGAGGCCUGCCUAUGUAAUUAAUUAUAAUAUAUAGAUGCAAUUUAUCUUUGGAAGAUAUUUAGAUUUGAUACAUGAACUAUAAUAGUAUAUUUAAGGCACACUCACAGUGAUUUGGACAGUCUGUCUGCUGAGGAAAUCAUUCUUCAUGAAUAUAUUGUUUGACCGGAGAGAGCGCCUCGCUCAGCUUGUGCUAUUCACUAAGUUAUUUAUUACAUUCGAUGGGCUUGAGGGUUUGCCUGUCUAAAGUAUUUAUUAGUUUAAAUCUAGUUUUUUUCUGUGAGUCUCGGCAUGGACUCGCUUAUAUUUAUCGUUUAAAUUAAUGCAAUAAUAAUCUCUGUAGAGUUAAAUUUUUAAUGUAGAUUUUAUGUUUUGUGCAUUUAAUAUAUUUUGAUUUCGUUUUCCACCAUAUCGAUCUAUAUUGCGACUGACAAGUGAUGUAUUUAAUUUAAAAUUAGACAAUUUCUAAAUAAAAAAUAAGUUUUCAUAA